AUGCUCGAUCGCCUCUCCGCUGGUAUCGUCACACUACCUUCAAACACUUACGAUCUGGUCCUCAUCCUCACCGAUUCCGAUGGUUCACGACGCGCCGAGGCUCUCCAGCUCCUCACUCGUGAUGUAUACACCGCCCUCGUACCGGCCAUGAAGUCUGGCGCAAAAUUGCAGACAGAAGAUAAUGCUCUUAAUGCCUCUGAGGCAAUGGAGGCGGUCUUGGCAGGCUUGGUGCAGAAUGCGACCGGCUUUGAGAAGCCAAAUUACGAACAAGCGUCCGCCGUCCCGCUGAAAUUCGGCCUCAAGAAAAAGAAGACCCCCGCUGCGGCUCCCGUUCAAGCCCCACCUAUGGGAAUACAGUUUGGAAGUGGAUUUGCAUUGGAUGGCAUGAAUGGCUCCAAUCACGACAGGGACGACAAUGAUGAGUUGAUUAAUGAGGACUCUCUUCUUAACGAAGAGGAUUUAACGAGACCCAUUAUGCCGCCCCCAGAGUGCCAGCCCAAGACUGGGAGAAGGAGGAAGGCCUGCAAGGACUGUUCUUGCGGUUUGGCCGACCGACUCGAGGCAGAGGAUAAGGAGCGUCGCGAGAACGCUGAUAAGAGUUUGAACGUCAUGAAAUUGAAUACAGAUGAUCUGGCUGAGCUGGACUUCACCGUGGAGGGCAAACAAACUGGGUCCUGUGGGAGCUGCGCCCUUGGUGAUGCAUUCCGAUGCGCGGGCUGUCCAUACCUGGGCCUACCUGCAUUCAAGCCCGGUCAGGAAGUGCAGAUCUUGAAUGACGUCGCUCAGUUGUGA